CCUCGCUGUGUCUGUGCCACAUUCCUCCCGGCCUGGGGAACUCGGCAGACCUGUUCCAUGGAUUAUGUCCCUCCGCGUUUCCUUCGCGCUGUUUCCUGCUCUGUUUUGUUCAUUUCCGUCGUUUCUCCUGCAUACUGAAGCAAUUUCUGUUGGAUUGAGAACUGUUCGUUUCCGUUUGAGCUCAUCAGCCUUGCUGGGCACACUUACACAGAUGCAGCUCUACGGCUGAGAGUAGCUGGAGUUUCUUCUUCGUGGAGUUCCGAAGCUGAUGGGUCAGAUUCUGUGAAGAGGUCUGGAGAUGUCUGGGAUGUGGGGACAGCAUUGCAGCUGGGCAGUGCCUGCACAAGACUGUCAAUGAGGCUUGGCACAUCUCCUGUUUCAGGUGCUCUGAAUGCCAGGAUCCCCUCACUAACUGGUACUAUGAGAAAGAUGGGAAGCUGUACUGUCACAAAGACUACUGGGGGAAGUUUGGGGAAUCUUGCCAUGGCUGCUCUCUGCUGAUGACUGGGCCUGUGAUGGUGGCUGGCGAAUACAAGUAUCACCCUGAGUGCUUUGCCUGUAUGAGCUGCAAAGUGAUCAUUGAGGAUGGGGACACUUAUGCACUGGUGCAACAUUCCACUCUCUACUGUGGAAAAUGCCAUAACCAGAUUGUGCUGACACCGAUGAUAGAAAAACACUCGACUGAGUCUCUGCGUGAGCAGCUGCCUUACACACUGACCCUCAUCUCCAUGCCAGCAGCCACGGAUGGCAAGAGGGGAUUCUCUGUGUCUGUUGAAGGUGGCUGCUCCAGCUAUGCCACUGGUGUCCAGGUGAAAGAGGUUAACAGGAUGCACAUCAGCCCAGAUGUCCGAAACGCCAUCCACCCUGCCGAUCGGAUCCUGGAGAUCAACGGAGCUCCCAUCCGUACCUUACAGGUGGAGGAGGUGGAGGAGUUGAUUCGCAAGACAAGCCAGACGCUUCAGCUGCUGAUAGAGCACGACCCGGUGUCGCAGCGCCUGGACAGGCUCCGCCUGGACUCGCGCCUUCCCGGCCACAUGAAGGCGCCCAUCUCCCCUCGCUCCCUCUCGCCUCUGGACAUCAAGGAGAACCUGGAGGGAACGCUGCGACGGCGCUCCCUCAGGAGAAGUAACAGCAUUUCUAAGUCCCCUGGCCCCAGCUCUCCAAAGGAACCUCUCCUCCUGAGCCGUGACAUCAGUCGUUCUGAGUCCCUGCGCUCCUCUUCCAGCUGCUCCCAGCAAAUCUUCCGGCCCUGUGACCUGAUCCACGGUGAAGUUCUAGGAAAAGGAUUUUUUGGACAAGCAAUCAAGGUGACUCACAAAGCAACAGGAAAGGUGAUGGUGAUGAAGGAGCUGAUUCGCUGUGAUGAGGAAACACAGAAGACUUUCUUGACAGAGGUGAAGGUGAUGCGCAGCCUGGACCACCCCAACGUGCUGAAGUUCAUUGGUGUGCUGUACAAGGACAAGAAGCUCAAUCUCCUCACCGAGUACAUCGAGGGGGGCACGCUGAAGGAUUUCCUGCGCAAUGCAGACCCAUUCCCCUGGCAGCAGAAGGUCAGCUUUGCCAAAGGGAUUGCCUCUGGAAUGGCUUACUUGCACUCCAUGUGCAUCAUUCACAGAGACCUGAAUUCACACAAUUGCCUGAUCAAGCUGGAUAAGACAGUGGUGGUGGCUGACUUCGGUCUGUCCCGGCUGAUUGUGGAGGAGAGGAAGAAGCCGACCCUGGAGAAGCCGUCGGCCAAGAAGCGGACGCUGCGCAAGAGCGACAGGAAGAAGCGCUACACCGUGGUGGGGAACCCCUACUGGAUGGCCCCAGAGAUGCUCAAUGGACAGAGCUACGAUGAGAUGGUGGACAUUUUUUCAUUUGGGAUUGUUCUCUGCGAGAUCAUAGGCCAGGUUUAUGCUGACCCAGACUGUCUCCCACGCACACUGGAUUUUGGCCUUAAUGUCAAGCUGUUCUGGGAGAAGUUUGUUCCUGCUGAUUGUCCUCCAGCCUUUUUCCCUCUGGCUGCUAUUUGCUGCAGACUGGAACCAGAGAGCAGGCCCCCUUUUUCCAAGCUGGAAGAUUCCUUUGAAGCUCUCUCUCUGUACCUGGGAGAACUUGCCAUCCCCCUUCCAUCUGAGCUGGAGGAGCUGGACCACAAUGUGAGUGUGCAGUAUGGACUGACCCGUGACAAGCUACCUGAAAACACAACCUAGGCUGCUCCUGCUGCCUGCACCACUUCACUGGAGCUGGGCUGAGCAGCAGGGAGGGAGAUGCACUUCAGCCACUUCCAGGGCAUUAACCACGCUGUGCAUCUGCUGCACUGCCUCUCUCUCCCCACCCAGCUUCCCUCCUCCUGGAUAUCCUGAUUCACUGUGGAUUCCUGGCACGUUUCAGAAGCAAAAAGGAUUGUUUCCUGCCAGCUGCACCUAGGAAAGCCGCUGAACACUAUUUUUCUGGCUUGAGAGAUAUUUCUCUGGCCUUUUCAGGCUUCUUUACUGUGGUGCCUUAGAACUUGGCUGCAAGCUGUGAAGCCACCCUGGCCUGUGUGCCAGGGAGGGAAUUGCUAUAGGAGACUCUCCUGGGUAAGGACCAACUUCUGGAACAGCUUCUCCCACUGACUGCCCUGCCCAGAAAGCUGGGGAAAUUGGACAUCCAGCAACAUGUCUCACCAGGACAGCACAUGU